CCAGCAUCAUCUUGAUCCCAAUCAACCCCAACCCAACACCUUCAAAUUCCAACCUGUGGUCUUUACCGCAACAAUCGUCUAGACGUAGGAUCACCCCCGAGUGAUCCGUCAACCGCCAAGACGUUUUCCAACCUUUUGCUUUCGUAAGUCGCUUGUUUGCAAUCUUGUACACCCCUGCUCGUCUUAGCUGGUCCAUUCUCUGGUACCUGCAUCCUGACCCUGGUGAUCGACUUCAUCCCACCAUAUCAUAUAUCGAUUCAUGACGCGCUUGGAAAUCUCAUCGCUGCACCCAUCCGUCUACAUGGCUAUGGCGCUUGAUUCGAGCCUCUUCUCAGUCGCAUUUACACCCCGCCAGUUUCGUUCAAAAUCCACACAGUUUUCAUUCUUCUCUUCCUACACAAGUCAUGCACCCCAAACUGACAUACCGAUGCUUUCAGGUCGCACCACCCGUUCAACGGAAGCCGUUGCUCUUCCCCUCCUGGAGGAGCCGCGGAUUGUCAAAAGACUCGAUAAAUCCGCUCACACCGCACUCCGCUUCAACUCCUCACUUUAAUCUCAAAACCCUCUGCUCAACAUGGCUCCUCAUGCGGAAGUGGGCAUCGGCUCUAUGAACGGGUACAGCGCUCCAUCUUCGGUCGGACCGGCCCAAGAUCUCUUUACGGUCGACUCACCCAACGUCGUUUAUACGGAUGAUCAAAUCAAUACCAAGUAUGUCUACCGUACCACUGCGAUCAAAAAGGGCGACAACGGUAAAUUUGUUGCCACUCCCAAGGAAACCAUCUAUGACUUCAAGGUCGACCGCAAGGUUCCCAAGACCGGUGUUAUGUUGGUCGGCUGGGGUGGCAACAACGGUACUACCGUCACCGCCGGUAUCAUUGCCAAUCGUCGUGGCCUCACCUGGGAAACCCGAGAGGGUCCCCGUGCUGCCAACUACUAUGGCUCCGUCAUUAUGGGUUCCACCGUCAAGUUGGGAACAGAUGCCACCACUGAUGAAGAGGUCAACAUCCCCUUCAACCAGAUCCUACCCUUGGUUCACCCCAAUGACCUUGUCAUUGGUGGAUGGGAUAUCAGCGGUAUGAACCUGGCAGCUGCCAUGGAUCGUGCUCAGGUCCUUGAGCCCACCCUCAAGGCUCUAGUUCAGAAAGAGAUGGCUCAGAUGGUUCCACUUCCCAGCAUCUACUACCCGGAUUUCAUUGCUGCAAACCAAGAAGAUCGCGCAGACAAUGUCCUUCCUGGAAGCAAGGCAAGCUGGGAUCACGUCGAGAAGAUCCAGGCUGACAUCCGCAACUUUAAGUCUCAGCAUGCUCUGGACAAGGUCAUUGUGCUCUGGACUGCCAACACUGAGCGAUAUGCCGACAUCAUUCCAGGUGUCAACGACACCGCAGAGAACCUGAUCCAGGCAAUCAAGGCCGGUCACGAAGAGGUCUCCCCUUCCACCGUCUUCUCCGUCGCGUGUACUUUGGAGGGUGCACCAUUCAUCAAUGGCUCUCCUCAGAACACCUUUGUCCCCGGUGCCAUCAAGCUUGCUGAGCAGCACAACUCUUUCAUUGGUGGUGACGACUUCAAGUCCGGUCAAACCAAGAUGAAGUCCGCUCUGGUCGACUUCUUGAUCAAUGCCGGCAUUAAGCUCACAUCCAUCGCCAGCUACAACCACUUGGGUAACAACGACGGCAAGAACUUGAGCUCUCAAAAGCAGUUCCGCUCCAAGGAGAUCUCCAAAUCCAAUGUUGUUGACGACAUGGUUGCGGCCAACACUGUUCUGUACAAGAAGGACGAGCACCCAGAUCACACCGUUGUUAUCAAGUACAUGCCUGCUGUCGGUGAUAACAAGCGUGCUUUGGACGAGUAUUACGCUGAGAUCUUCAUGGGUGGUCAUCAGACCAUUAGCAUCUUCAAUGUCUGUGAAGACUCGUUGCUUGCAUCUCCUCUGAUCAUCGAUCUCGUCGUGGUUGCCGAGAUCAUGACUCGUAUCUCAUGGAAAGCCGAUGGCGCUACCGAUUACAAGGGCUUCCACAGCGUUCUCAGCGUGCUCAGCUACAUGCUCAAGGCUCCAUUGACGCCACCUGGCACCCCCGUCGUCAACUCCCUAGCCAAACAGCGCAGUGCUCUGACCAACAUCUUCCGUGCUUGUAUUGGUCUUCAGCCCGAGUCAGACAUGACUCUCGAGCACAAGUUGUUUUAGGCCAAGUUGUCACCGUGCCAUGCCAUGCCGACGGCGGGAGCUCUCAGCAAGAUGUAGCAGGACCUUUGAGCCUUUCACACAUGCGAUGGGUGGCUAGACUGCUUUUCUUGCAUUGCGACCGGCGGAAGAGGCCUCUGCUGGAACUUACUUAAUCCUCCUAGACUGCACAGCUUGUUUGUUCUGCCUGAAGUUGCAUUGCUCUAACCACUUACCCAAGUCACUCUUUUAUCACCAUAGUAUAGUCUAACCAAUGCACCACAUAUUUUCAACCAUAA